UUCGAGAGCCGCGGAUGUAAGCGAUGGCCUAAGGGAGUCCAAGUACUGGGCCAGUUACAAUGUGGCGUAUUUCGACGAAAUCUUCAGCAUCAGCGGACAACCAGCCAAAGUUGCAAAAUACGGGGACUAUUACACCUAUGAGAACUGUCCUCGUGCCAAGAUGGUUAAACGAGACCACGAAAAACUUCGUGACAUGGAUUCCAUUAUGGCCUUCAUGAGGUACAACGACUACAAGAACGACCCGCUUUCCCGCUGCAACUGCACCCCGCCGCAAAACCCGGCUUACGCGAUCGCCGCCCGCUAUGACCUGCUCUGCCCAAAUGGAAAAUACGAUGUCCCAGGAAUGUACCGUCAUGGCAUGGGCGGCAUUGAUGUCAAGGUAUCUAGCAAUGCUUUCUGUAUGGGUAACGAGACUGCAUACGCACUUGUCUCCUAAGCGAUGCUAGGUAAUAAUAAU